AUGGUAACACAAAACAUUCCUUGUGACACACAUGAAAAAAAGGUUUGUGUAAAGUGCUGCCUUGAUUGUUUUGAACUUGUCUGUGAAGAUUGUAUUGUUGAGACUCACAGAGAGCAUCAAUUAGAGAAAAUAAAUGAAGGUUGUGAUGAUGUUAUCAUGAUGACUCAAGCUAGACUUUCCAAGGAUUUGUGGUUCUGUGACAGUGAAUCAAAACAAUUACAAACACUUAGUCAAAUGUGUAGCUUAUCCUAUGACAACGCAAAAAAGAAAAUAGAAGUAAGAGAAAAAGAGAUAAAAGAAGUAAUUAAAAAAUAUGUGAAUCAAUUACGUGCUCAGUUAGAAACUAAUAAAUGCAAUGUCGAGAAAGAGAGAAAAACAUCUGAAAAGAAAAUCAGUGAUAUUAAAGAAAUCUUAACAGACAAAGAAUCACAAUUGAAAAAAUCAAAAGGGAAUAGACUGUUAACACUGGAUCACAAAACAGCAUGGAUCUCUAAUUUUCAAGAAAAUACUCUAAGUAAGAUAAACAUUGAUGACAACAUAAAAACUGUGAAGAACAUUUCAGCUCUGGCUUUUGACAUUUCACUUAUAGCAAGUGAAGAUAUUCUCCUGUCUUCUAUAGACAGCACUAAUGUCAAUCUGUUAACAACAGAUACAGGAGAAAUCAAACCGUUCCUGUCUGUGUCACCACUGAUACCAAUUGAAUGUAUUCUUAACACUCACAUAGAACAUCAAAUAGAAGAAAUAAAUGAAGGCUGUACUACUGCUAUUUCAAUGUUUCAAGCUAGACUUUCCAAAGAUAUGUGGUUCUGUGAAAAUGAGUCAAAACAAUUACAAACAUCAAUUGAUAUGUGUAACUCAUCAUAUGACAAUGCAAGACAGAAAAUAAAUGUAAGAGAAAGGGAAUCGAAAGAAGCUAUUGUUUGA